GCGGCUAACAAGUGGACAGCAGUCAGUCCUCCAGCAGCAGCCCUCAGUCGCACUCUGCACCUCCUGCACUAAGGAGUCCCUUUUCAGUAGUUCAAGGAAGCUUCGCGUUUUCAUGGAGGGCUGGAUCACCUGUGGACUUUGGCUAAUCGCCUUUCUCUCUAGCUGUGGGCUGCUCUCGGCUUUCAACUUGGACACCGACAAUGUCCAGCGGAAGACCGGAGACCCCGGGAGCCUGUUCGGCUUCUCUCUCGCCAUGCACCGGCAGCUCCUUCCGCAGGAAAAGAGAAUGCUGCUGGUUGGUGCCCCGAGAGCAAAAGCUUUGAGCCGUCAAAAAUCUGCCGUGACAGGAGGGCUCUACAAUUGUGACAUGAGCUCCACAACCAGUGACUGCAGCAGGGUUAUCUUUGAUAAUGACGAGAAUAAGGCCACAGAGGACAAAGAAAAUCAGUGGAUGGGAGUGACAGUCAAAAGUCAGGGACCAGGAGGCCAGGUUGUGACCUGUGCUCAUCGCUACCAGCGCCGGGCCAAUGUGGGCUCAGAGUUGUUGGAAUCUCGUGACAUAAUUGGCCGCUGCUACGUGCUGAGUCAGUCAUUAAAAACGAACUCAAAUGAGAAUGGAGAAGGAGGUGGAUGGUAUUUUUGUGACCAGAGGCCCAGAGGCCACGAGAUGUUUGGUUCCUGCCAGCAGGGCCUCUCUGCUACAUUCGACAAGGACUACCACUACAUCAUCUUUGGGGCUCCUGGAGCUUACAACUGGAAAGGUAUAGUACGCGUGGAGCAGAAAAAUGACUCUUUCAUAGAAAGGGGCAUCUUUGAUGAUGGUCCAUAUGAGGCAGGAGACGAGAACCAAAAGAACCCUGACCUGGUCCCUGUUCCUGCCAGUAGCUACCUGGGCUUCUCCCUGGACUCAGGUAAACAUUUGACUAAGAAAGGCCAGCUAACAGUGGUGGCUGGAGCUCCCAGAGCAAACCACAGUGGAGCGGUGGUACUGCUAAAGACAGAUAGCCAAACAAGCAACAUAUUAGUUAAAGAGUUCUCACUAGAAGGCGAGGGGUUGGCUUCAUCUUUUGGCUACGAUCUUACGGUGCUGGACCUCAACAAGGAUGGCUGGGAGGACAUUGUGGUGGGGGCACCACAGUACUUUGAGAAGGAUGGAGAUAUUGGAGGAGCUGUCUACGUCUACAUCAACAACGCUGGAAAGUGGAACAAAGUAACACCCACCAGAAUAGAUGGACCCUUGGACUCAAUGUUUGGCCUGGCUGUAGAAAACCUGGGAGACAUCAAUCUGGAUCGUUAUGAUGAUUUUGCAGUGGGAGCUCCUUAUGAUGAUAAGGGCAAAGGGAAGGUUUACAUCUACUAUGGAUCAGCUACAGGACAAAUCUCUCCAAAAGCCUCACAGGUGCUGCCUGGUCCUUCAGGAGUGAAACUGUUUGGCUACUCUUUGGCGGGAAACAUGGACUUGGAUUACAACUCCUACCCUGACCUGGCUGUCGGAUCCCUCUCAGACUCUGUCUUCGUCUACAAAGCCCGUCCGGUUAUUGACAUCCAGAAGAAAAUCACAAUCACACCAAAGGAAAUUGACCUCCUCAAAAACAACUGUGAAAACAAUAACAAGUUCUGCUUGACUAUUAAAGCGUGCUUCUCCUACUCUGCCAAUCCUGUGAGUUAUGCUCCAAAACUGGAGGUCAAAUACACCCUUGCGGCAGACACUGAAAACAGGAAGAAUAAUCUUAAAACUAGGGCGGCCUUCAUUAACUCCUCCCCUGGCAGUAGCCAUGAAUCCUCAGGGACCAUCACUUUGGACAGGAAAGGAGUGGAACAGUGCAUUGAACGACAACUCGCCUUGCAGGAAAAUAUUCGAGACAAGCUACGCGGGAUCCCCAUUGAUGUGUCUGUGGAAAUCAUUGGUGGCAGACGUAAACGCAGACAGAGCUCAGGUCCUGGGCUGCAGCCGGUCCUGGAUGCUAAAGCGUCACAGCCAACUCGAUCAGUGGUGGAGUUCAUGAAGACCGGUUGUGGGUCUGACAAUGUGUGUCAGAGCAAUCUGAAGAUGGAAUAUAACUAUGGCCACUGGAACGAUGAAAAAUUCAUUCCGUUACCAAAGGAGAAUGGUGUGCCGGUGCUCUCACUCAGUAACCAGAAGGAAAUCGCCUUAGAGGUCAGCGUGAGCAAUGCAGGUGGGGAUGAUGCGUACGAAGCCUCCAUGAUCGCUUCUUUUCCUAGCUCCUUAACCUACUCUGCAACCCGCUUGCUUAAUAAAGUAAACUGCCAAGCCAAUAGAAAUGGUUCUCUGGUCGAUUGUGAUCUUGGAAAUCCCUUUGAAAAGGGAGAAAUGACCACCUUCUACAUUAUUUUGGGUACAGCUGGCAUAUCUUUCAACACCUCUGAAGUAGAGGUUAAUCUUCAACUGAAAACAACUAGCAUGCAGCAAUUAGUGCCGGUCAAAGCAAAGGCAAAGGUGGCCAUUGAGUUACAACUCUCUGUGUCAGGACAAGCCACGCCAUCUCAGGUCUACUUUACGGGAGAUGUCAAAGGCGAGACGGCCAUUAAAACUGAAAGUGACAUUGGCAGUGCCAUCACACAUCACUUCAGAAUAAUCAACUUGGGAAGGCCUUUGACUGAUUUUGGGACCGCCACUCUCAUCAUUGACUGGCCAAAGGAGACAGCGGAUGGAAAGUGGCUGCUUUACCUGAUGAAAAUCACUACCAUGGGAGGGGAUCAGAUAGAGUGCACACCUAAAAGUGAGAUUAAUCCUCUUAAAAAGGAAGAAAACACAAGAAAGAGGAGAGAAGUCUCAGGAACACAGGGGAGUGAUGAGGGCACUAUUUUACGCUUAAUUGAGAGCAAGAAAUCAAAAACUCUGUCUUGUGACGAUGGGGCAAAAUGUGUGAAGAUAAGGUGCCCUCUGCGGAGCCUGGACAGUAAUGCAGCCAUCAGUCUUCACUCUCGCCUCUGGAAUAGCACCUUCAUCGAGGAUUAUUCCAAGUUACAUCAUGUGGAGGUGUUAGUCAACGCUGCUCUGCACCUUGAUAACGUAAAGAACACCGUUCGGAUGAACGCUAAUACGCAGGUGAGACUGACGGCCUUCCCAGAGAGGCGUGAGGCUCGGUAUGGGGGAGUGCCGUGGUGGAUCAUCGUGCUGUCCAUCCUGUUCGGGCUACUGUUGCUGGCCCUGCUGGCUUUCCUUCUUUGGAAGUGUGGCUUUUUUAAACGUGCCAAAUACGAAGAUAAGGUUCCCAGUUACAACGCAGUUCGGAUCAAACGGGAGGAGAGGGUGAUAAAUUCUGGAAAUGCUAACUGGGAAAACCUGGAAAAGAAACCCUGGAUGACAACCUGGCAUGACAAUGAACACUAUUCUUAACAGCCAAUGAAAAACCACAGAUUUACCGUCGCUUACGGAUGAACUCCAGUUUCAUAAAUUUCCUGCUGCCUUGCCUUUGUACAGUGAGGACUGUAAAUAAUCAAAUGUGUUUAAAAAAAAAACCAAAAAAAAACAGGAUCAAACAUUACGCUUCAGGGGCUGAUUUGAUGUUUAAUAAGUCUUCAUGAAUCACUGGAAGGAGAUGUGCUGUGUGGGACAUGGUCCAGCACCACAACCGUCGGAGCUUUGGUGCUUGUGUUGUGGAAAUUCAGUGUUGGGGUUAAAAUGUUUCUGAAUGUAUUGGACAAUUUUUUUGUACGUUUUGGAAAAAGUUCGUAUUUAUUCUCACAAGGAGUAUCUUCCGUUACACGCUCUACAGACCAAAGAAUCAUGCAGUGCAAACAAGUGACUUCUUUUUCCUUUUUUAAAAACUAAAGCUGUAUUAGCUUCCCAUAUUUUUUAAAUCUACCACACAUCUGCCUUUAAAGUGCCUCCGACUGACAGAUACUGCAGUUUCUCUACAGUUUGAGAACUUGGGCUGUAGAUAUCCACUGUACAAUUCAUCUUUUGAAAUUACUACAUUGUAACAAAAUAGCCCGACAGCAAACAAAUAAACUUUUUUUUUUUU